AUGACCACCGGUGGGAUACCCGGCCAAAGGAGUACAAAGGAAUACGUCGCCGUCGGUUCCGUGCGGCUAGUCGAACUAGAUGGGGCAUUUGCUGCGUACUGUAAGUUGUCUCUUGAUGAUGCGCAAGAGUCUGCGGACGCUAACGUCCUUACCAGAUACAUCGCUGUCCUCGCUUUUACCGCCUGGCUCCUGAGGCAAGGCACAAGCAUGGCAACAACAGACGCAACAGGCGCUGAGAUGAUCCUGUCUUUGGGAUUCGGCCAAGUCAACAACCGCACCACGCUCCACAUCCCACUGAAGGACCUAGUCACAAAUGCCAUCAUCGCGAACACGCCCCAAGUAAUCCUCUCAUGGAUCUACUUCUCCUACAACGGCCUCCUCACACUAAUGAGCCUAGCCCGGGAAUGGGAAUCCUACGGCCUCCAACACAAAGGUCUCCGCGUCUCCGUCGCCCCCGAAGGAGCCCAGCGGUCAACCUAUUUCCUCCAACUACCCUAUCGCAUCGCCGUCCCCUUCAGCAUGCUCUCUGCCUUCCUCCACUGGCUCGUCUCGCAGUCUUUCUUCAUGGUCAGCGUCCAGCUCUACGGCUACGACGAAACACAAGGCUGGAUGUUCAUGCCGGACAACCCUGGAACGCGAGUUUCAGUCGGCUACUCGCUGCUCCCGUUGCUAGUUCUUCUGAGCACGGGCGCCGUUCUUCUCACCGCGAUAUCGGUACGGGGACUCAUGCUGUUGAAGUCGACUACGCCGAUUGUAGGUAGUUGUAGUGCGGCUAUUGCUGCUGCGUGUCAACCGCUCUUCGGGGACGACGGCGAAGCUGCUACGGAGAAGGUGAAGUGGGGUGUUAUGGGGAGGAGACAGAAGUUUAGGCAUUGUGGGGUUUCGAGAAGACCUGUGGGGCUGCUGGUGCCGGGGACGGAGUACAGGUAG